AUGGCGGAGGAGCGGACAGUGCCCCCUGCUGCUAGUCUGCUGCUGGCGCUGAGCGUUCUCGUCAUGGCUGGAGCGGAUUCCGUUCGCACGGCAGAGCAGGAGGGACCUCGCUUCCACGAGGAGCCCCCCGUCUUGGUGGAGUUCACCAACGCCAAGGAGGCCGUGGUGCCGUGUCAGGCAGUGGGCAGACCGAGCCCGACCGUGCGAUGGAUCAAACUGCCGGACGGCGUGGCUGCAGCCGAGGUUCCCGGCUUGCGCUACGUGCGUCCCGACGGAUCACUCGUGUUUCCCAAGUUUGCGCCCAAGGACUUUCGACAGGACGUUCACGCGACGCUGUACCGGUGCGUGGCCACCAACAGCGUCGGCUCCGUCGCCAGCCGGGACGUCAAAGUCAGGGCCGUCGUGUCGCAACCAUUCGAAGUGCGUGCUUACGACGAGUUCGUGACGCGGGGAAACGCCGCGUUGUUCCGCUGCCACCUGCCGUCGUUCGCAAAGGACGUGCUCGCCAUCACCGCCUGGCUCAGGGACGACGGUCUACUCAUUCACUCGACGCUCGCUGAAGGAUCAAAGUACGCCUUGCUGCCGACGGGCGAGCUGCUCAUCCGUGAGACAGACCAGCAGGACGGCUUCCGCACCUACCGCUGCCAGACCCGUCAUCGCCUCACCGGCGCCGUGUCGCAGAGCGUGACAGUGGGACAGCUCAUACUGACAGAGCCACACAACAUGGUGCCGCCCCGCAUCACCCACCGGCUGAGCCAGGUGACGGCGCUGGAACACAGUGAGGCCGUGCUGCCCUGCGUGGCCCAGGGUUACCCUCUGCCUUCGUACCAGUGGCUCAGACGUCGCGACGGUGACGCCUCGGCCAGACCUCGCCCAGUGCCGCUGGACGGUGCUCGAGUGAGCAUGUCUUCGGGAAGCCUGGUCAUCCGCUCCGUGGUAGCCGAUGACGCCGGCAAAUACUAUUGUCUCGUCAACAAUACUGCUCGCCAGGACAGGGCUGAGACCGAACUCGUAGUCUACGCCCCUUUACGUGCCACCGUGAGCCCAUCCCGUGUUUCGGCUUCCAUUGGUCAUACACUGCGCUUGAACUGCUCGGCGACUGGCUAUCCUGUGCGCGAGCUGUCUUGGUCCAAGGACGCGAAACCCCUGUACGCUUCGGACAGGGUCAAGCUGCUCUUCGACGACCGGGUGCUCGUGGUGAACGCCGUCAAGCGCCAAGACCGCGGCAUGUACCAGUGCUUCGUGCGCAACCAGUUCGAGGUGGCGCAGGCCGCUUCCGAAGUCAUUCUGAAUGACGAGCCGCCAGUCCUGGAGAGCGUGUUUUCCGAGUCCAUCCACAAACCCGGCGGCUCGGUGUCACUGCGCUGCACGGCCACGGGCAACCCGCUGCCACAGGUCACGUGGGACCUGGACGGGCGCCACCUACCGGAGACCAUCCGCUACCGCGUGGGCGACUACGUCACCCGCGACAACCGAGUGGUUAGCUACGUCAACAUAAGCAGCGUGCGGCCCGAGGACGGCGGCGUGUAUCGCUGCCGCGCCGCCAACGACGUAGGCUCGGUAGCGCACGUUGCCCGCGUGAAUGUCUAUGGGCCACCGGCCAUCCGGCCCAUGGGCAACGUGACGGCCCUCUCCGGAGGGAGCCUGGUUGUGCACUGUCCCGUCGGCGGAUACCCGCUCACUGCUAUUCGUUGGGAGCGAGAGGGAAGGUCACUUCCGAGCGGCCAUCGCCAGCUGGUUCAUGCCAACGGAACACUCGUGCUCUCGGAAGUGAACCGAAAAGGGGACGAGGGUACCUACGAAUGCGUCGCCGAGAACGGACGUGGGGAUGUCGCCAGGAGACCACUACACGUACAUGUCAUGGUGGGGCCAAAGGUGGAUCCGUUCAAGUUCCCCAGCGACCUGGAGGAGGGCAUGCGUACUGUGGUCGUGUGCGUGGUCAUCGACGGUGAUCCGCCGGUGUUCAUCGGCUGGCUCAAAGAUGGCCGCCCUCUGGGGCCGGACCUGGGAGCGCACACGGAGAUGCUAAACGCGUUCACGUCUUCCCUGACCUUCCACUCAGUUGGACCUCAACAUAGCGGCAACUACACUUGUGUCGCUAGAAAUCCGGCCGCCGCAGUCAACCGGUCGGCCACCAUGACUGUCAAAGUUCCUCCCUACUGGCGGAAGCAACCCACCGACAAGGCCGGUAUUCUUGGAGAGAGCGUCAUCAUCGACUGCCAAGCCGACGGAGUCCCCCAUCCCCAGAUCAGGUGGAAGAAGAUGAUUCCGGGACCACUCGUGGAGUCGCAGACCAUCAUCAGCAACCCGUACAUACAAAUUCUGGAGAACGGCUCGCUCGUACUGCGCGAGAUUGGACUCAAGGACGCCGGCGAGUACAUGUGCCAGGCGACAAACAACGUCAAGCCGAGCCUUAGCGAAGUAAUCAAGCUGCGCGUUCACGUGCCGGCCUUCUUCAAGUCCCAGUUCAGCUCCCAGAACGUACAGAAAGGAGAAGACGUGAGAAUUCGUUGCGAGGCCUUCGGCGAAAAGCCGAUCAAUAUCACCUGGACCAAGGACCGUCAGGUGCUCAACUUCCAAGCCGAAACUAGAUACAAAGAAACAACGACGACCCUGCCCGAGCAUGUCGUGUCUGAAGUUCACGUCAAGUCUGCCGAUCGCCGUGAUUCGUCGCUGUUCACCUGCAUGGCCUCGAAUGCCUAUGGGAGAGACGAGACAAACUUUCAAGUCGUUGUUCAGGAGAAGCCAGACAGCCCCCGAAACUUGAACAUUAAAGAGGUGACCAGUCAGAGCGUGGCGAUGUCUUGGAUGCAACCGUACAGCGGUAACCUUCCCCUCACCAGCUACAUCGUCCAGUACAAGCGGGAUUCAGAGCAGUGGACCCCGGACGUAAUGUCAGUGCGCAACUCCCCCAGCGAGCUGUCCGUCGUGGUGCGCAACCUGAAUCCCGUCACCACGUACAACUUUCGGGUGGUCGCGGAGAAUGCUCUCGGACACGGAAACCCUAGCGAGGUGGUCAGCGUCAUCACUAAGGAGGAAGCCCCAAGCAACCCCCCAACAGACAUCAAGAUUGAGCCCACGAGUUCCAAGUCAAUAAAGAUCAAAUGGAAGGCUCCCCCCUCUGAAGACCGACGAAGCCCUGUGAAAGGAUACUACCUAGGCUACAAGUUACAUAGGUCUGGGGAACAGUACGUCUACAAAACUCUGGAGAGCUCGAGGAGUAGCGACACGGAGGAGUUCACGCUCAACAACCUCCGCCGAAACACCGAGUACUCCAUACGCCUGCAGGCCUUCAACUCGGCCGGCUCCGGGCCAGCCAGUGAGGAGAUAGUGGCGAAGACCCUAGAACAUGAUCCGCCCAGCCCACCUUUGAUUCGGGUUCAGUCAACUACGGCGACAUCGGUGCAUCUGCUGUGGGAGCCACCCGACAUUCCCGUCACUGGCUACAUACUGCACUACAAGGAAGAACAAAACGACUGGGUCAAACAACAUGUACCGGGAACGCAGCAAAGCAUCGUGCUCGAAAACUUGCGAUGCGGAACACGUUACCAGCUCUACAUGGAGGCAUUCAAUGACGCCGGGAAAGGAGACCCGACCCAAGUGCUCAGCGUCAAGACGGAGGGCACAGCGCCAGUUGCUCCCGACAAGUCGUCUUUCCUGGCGAUCAACUCGACUUUCGUGCUCCUGCACCUGGGCGCUUGGUACAGCGGCGGCUGUCACAUCAGUUUCUUCGUAGCCCAGUACAAGCCCAAGGGAGAGUCCGAGUGGACACUCAUCUCGAACCACGUGCAGCCGCAGACGGAGACCCUGAUGGUGCCGCAGCUACAGCCGGGAACGUGGUACAAUCUCUUAAUGACCGCGCACAACGACGCUGGAUCCACGGAUGCCGAGUUCGUAUUCGCCACCUACACCGAGAGUGGAGGCACUGUUCCACCCUUGGUGUCGGUGAACAGCGAGGAGCGCCGUUUUUACCGCCACCUGGGCAUCGUGGUUCCAGUGGCCUGCUCCGCGGUCAUCGUUCUCAUGGUGUCCUUGGUCGUGUGCUUACUCUACAGUCGCACCUGCUGCCGAUCGCGCUCCAGGGUCAUCUACGAGACGGCAGGCGAGGACGAUCGGAGCCGAAACAGCAAGACGGGCAGCCGUGACAUGGUGGACAUGGUGCUGCUGAGCAAGAAGCUGCACUCGUCGUUCGACGAGACGAACGCCAAGAGCUUCUACCCGUCGCCGCCCCGGCUGACGCAGUCUCAGCAGCAGUCGCAGCAGCAAUGCCUGUCAGCGGCACAAAGCGCGGGCCAGUUGGCGUCGGCGGGCCAAGAGUUCGACGACGCCAACAGCGACUGCGACAGCGUGCCUUCGAACGGCGGCGGUGAGGGCCAGCACAGGCAUCACCACACGUACGACGUGCCUUUUCACGUGCGAAGGGUAAGCACGACGAAGGAAUCGCAGUCCACAGGAUAA